AUUGGCGCGCGGCCGGCUCUCCGGUUGCUGCGGCUUCCUAGUGUCUGUCCCGGCGAUGGCUGCAAGCGGCUGGCGCUGGGCUCGCAAGGCGCUGGCUGCGGGGCGUCCGCUGUUCCAGGGUCGCGCGCUGCUCGUCACCAACACACUGGGCUGCGGCGUGCUCAUGGCCACGGGCGAUGGCGCGCGACAGGCCUGGGAAGUACGCGCGCGGCCUGAGCAGAGAUUCAGCGCGCGGCGCUCAGCCAGCAUGUUCGCGGUGGGCUGCAGCAUGGGCCCCUUCCUACACUUCUGGUACCUGUGGUUGGAUCGCCUCCUCCCCGCCUCGGGCCUACGAAGCCUCCCGAGUGUGAUGAAGAAGGUGCUAGUGGAUCAAACGGUGGCAUCUCCCAUACUAGGCGUCUGGUACUUCCUCGGCCUUGGCAGCCUGGAGGGCCAGACACUAGAGGAGAGCUGCCAGGAGCUGCGGGCCAAAUUCUGGGACUUCUACAAGGCCGACUGGUGCGUGUGGCCAGCUGCCCAGCUGGUGAACUUCCUCUUCAUCCCUUCUCAUUUCCGAGUCACCUAUAUCAAUGGGCUGACACUGGGCUGGGACACAUACCUGUCCUAUCUGAAGUACUGGGCCCCUGAACCCCUUCAGACUCCGGGCUGCGCAGACUGAACCUGAGGUCCAGCAGCUGAGUUGGACGAUAGACAUGCUCAAGGAGGAGGUUUUGAAGCAGGUCAAAGGCUCUGGGCCAUGUCCAAAACCCAGGCUGACAGUGCCUGGACCAGCAGUUACUUCUGAGCCCACCAGAGACUGUUCCCAUGUGGAUCAGCCACCAGCAAGGGCUGUCCCGGUUUUCUACUGGGACCAUGAAGUCCUUGGUCUGCCUGGACAAAAGCAAGGACAUGCUCUACGGCCUUGAAGUGAGGUCUGGCUUGGUCUCAGAAAACUUGAUGCAAGGCUGGGUGGCCCGGGUGGCCGUGCGGAAAUUUCAUUAAAUUCUCUCUUUAAUGUCAA